GUUGUGUGAUGAACUACCAGAUGAUGUAUCCCUCUGUCUCUUCAUACUGUAGGUGUCUCAUCAGACACACUUGUUGUCACCCAGACUCCUGAUGUCUCUGUCAUGGAGGGGGGGGCAGUCAACAUCACCUGCUGCUGAACACGCCAGUUUGAAAGAGUAAAUUGGCUGGAGAAUCAUAAAAAUAAGACUUCAAUAAUUCAGACUGAAAUUUUCAUCUGGACGAAUCCCUCUCAAGGAUCUCUUCAAAAGGAAACAUCUAACUGCUCACACUUGAUCUUUACGAAUGUCACAAGAGAGGAUUCUGGGAGAUACAUCUGCGAGGUGUCUGUGGAGAUACCACUUUUAAUUGUGGUUUCUGGAAAAGGCACGGUCAUCACAGUUAGAGAUAAGACCUCCACAAAGGACAACGCAGCAGAAGGUGUCUCAUCAGACACACUUGUUGUCACCCAGACUCCUGAUGUCUCUGUCAUGGAGGGGGGGGCAGUCAACAUCACCUGCUGCUGGACACGCCAGUUUGGACGAGUGGGAGUACAAUGGCUGAAUCAUAUAACUGUGACUUCAAUAAUUCAGACUGAAAUUUUCAUCUGGACGAAUCCCUCUCAAGGUUCUCUUCAAAAAGAAACAUCUAACUGCUCACACUUGAUCUUUACGAAUGUCACAAGAGAGGAUUCUGGGAGAUACAUCUGCAAGGUGUCUGUGGAGAUACCACUUUUAAUUGUGGUUUCUGGAAAAGGCACAUUCAUCACAGUUAGAGAUAAGACCUCCACAAAGGACAACGCAGCAGAAGGUGUCUCAUCAGACACACUUGUUGUCACCCAGACUCCUGAUGUCUCUGUCAUGGAGGGGGGGGCAGUCAACAUCACCUGCUGCUGGACACGCCAGUUUGGACGAGUGGGAGUACAAUGGCUGAAUCAUAUAACUGUGACUUCAAUAAUUCAGACGAAUUCCUCUCAAGGAUCUCUGCAAAAAGAAACAUCUAACUGCUCACACUUGAUCUUUACGAAUGUCACAAGAGAGGAUUCUGGGAGAUACAUCUGCAAGGUGUCUCUGGAGAUACCACUUUUAAUUGUGGUUUCUGGAAAUGGCACGGUCAUCACAGUUAGCGAUAAGACCUCCACAAAGGACAGCGCAGCAGAAGGUGGUCUACCGCUCCCGGUGCUCAUUUCCCUGGCUGUGGUGGCUCCGCUGCUCCUCAUCACUCUUGCAUGUUUCUGCACUCUGCGUAGGAUACAAGGUUCACAAGCAGCCAGGGUGAUCUACGAGGUUCCCCACAUUGACUCGGAGGAGGUAGAAAUGGACAAACACAGCACGGGCUCCUCCAGAGGUUCUUCUCAGUGGUGUCAGGUACCAGUGUAUGAAUCCUUCGAUUACUUUGAACGUGUCCAGACCAAAGAAAGCGGAUGAGGAUCUAUUUGCUGAGGGGCAUUUUCUUCAUCUUCCAGUAUUUUCUGUCUUCACUUUUCAGCCUGAAUAUAUAUGUAUAUACACAGUAAUGUAUCCAUUUGCCUUUCCCUGACUUAUGUAAAUGAUUCCAGAUGAGUGUAAAUAUUUUAUAUUUUUCUACAAACUCUAUAAAGUCUUAUCCGUC